AUGUCGUCCUUUUCGUCGGAUACCCCUCUUGCUUACGCCUUUCAUUGGCUUGGAGCAAGAAAGAUAUUUAGCUUUCCGGAGGAGCGGGACGACUACAAUUUGGAAAUCUCCAGUGAAGGAUGGAAGCGAGUGCCUAUUGUGCAAGACCAGAGGGGGCUCAAUGAAAUGGACAGAAUGCAACAUUUGCCCCCAGCUGCCGGCUCAGAAACCCUCGACCUUGAAGGCGCAGUUAAACCUACGCAACAAUCUGAGCUUCCUCAGAUACCCGCAAGAAUACAACAUGCGCAGCACUACCUACCAAGUCGAUUUGACUUGGAGAGCACAAGAACUCUGUGUAUAAACGAACCAGAAGGCCAAUAUGUCAUGGUUGAUUGGUACGGUGCCACCGAUCCGGCAAACCCUCUGAAUUGGCCCAAACGUAAAAAGUUCGUUGUUUAUUUCAUUAUCCUCUAUAUCUCGUUUGCUGUUUAUAUGUCCGGAUCGAUCUAUGCAGCGGCACAAAGUGAGGUUGAAGAGGUUUUUGGAGUAUCUGCGACAGUCUCAAGUCUUGGGAUCGGGCUUUAUGUGUUUGGAUACGGCGUUGGACCGAUGUUCUGGUCGCCCCUGUCCGAGAUUCCAGCUGUUGGACGUAAUAUUCCUUAUCUUGCAUCGUUGACAGUCUUUAUCCUGAUCUCAAUUCCAACAGCACUGGCAUCCAAUAUUGAAUCUUUAUUGGUGCUUCGGUUUCUUCAGGGCUUCUUUGGGUCCCCAGUCCUUACCACAGGCGGCGCAUCGUUGGGUGAUGUUAGCAGCGCGUAUGGAAAGCCUUAUGCCUUCUACAGCUUGGCAUUAUUUUGUUUAGCGGGGCCCGCCUUGGGGAACACCAUAGCUGGCUACAGCAUCCCUGUGUUGGGAUGGAGAUGGAGCUUGUGGGAGGUCCUUCUAGCCAGUGGGCCCGGACUGAUCCUACUCAUUUUUCUACCAGAGACAUCCGAAGCCAAUAUUCUGUAUCGCCGUGCCCAAAGAAUCCGAACAUUGUCACAGAAGGAGAUUUACAAGUUCGAACCAGAAAUGGAGAUCGAGAACACCACUAUGCUGAAUAGACUGCACCGGGCCCUGAUUGUUCCCUGGAAGUUGAACACUCUCGACCCAUCCAUCGCAUUCACAAGUAUCUACUGCGGUCUUGUCUAUGCUAUUUUCUACUCUUUCUUCGAGUUCUUCCCUCUAGUUUACGGCAACAUAUACAACAUGACACUGGGGGAGCAAGGCUUGGUUUUUCUAUCUGUUAUCAUCGCGGUGGGAUUGGCCGGUAUUCCUUACUGCGCCUUUGUCCAUUUCGUCGUCAAUAAAUCAAUCAAGAACGGCAAUGCAAUGACGCCCGAAGGACGACUGCUCCCUUCGCUAAUUGCCUCGGUGCUAAUCCCUACCGGAAUCCUGAUAUUUGGGUGGACAUCGAAGCCCAGCAUCCACUGGAUUGUACCAACUAUAGGCACCAUGCUCGUUUCAGGCAGCGUUGUUAUGAUAAUCCAGUCGGUGUUUGUCUAUAUAACUCAGUCCUAUCCCAAGUACACUGCUUCACUGUUCAGUGGGAACGGACUGGUUAGGUCUUCGGUCGUAUUGGCUGGUGUUCUUUGGUCUCACCCGUUGUAUGACGCACUUGGAGGCUUCUACGACGCAGACUUCAACAUCUCCAAGCUUGUACCGGAGCAAAUCAACCAAGCUUUCGUGAACGUGGAUACGGCUCUCAAGGACACCGGUGCCAAGGGUUGGUCGCAGGUCUACAGAGUCAACUCUUACCACAUCCAACUGGACCAGGAAGCGCAGGACGCCAUGGUUCGUAACUUCAAGAAGUGGAUGCCUGACAACCAUCCCGUGUGGACCUGUGUGCAGAUUGGUCGUCUUGGUCAUGAUGCUAUGAGAGCUGAGAUUGAGGUUUCGGCGUUCGAUCCUGAGGGUGCUAAGGAGGCUGAGACGAGUCGGGUUUGA